GAGAGAGAGAGAGAGAGAGAGAGAGAGAGAGAGGGUGGAGGACGGAGUCUCUCUGCCGCUCCUGAAGCUCGACCCGCCGCGGAGCGAGGACAUCCUGCGGAUGAGGCUCCGCCACCGACGGCGCCAUGUUGCCCCGUAACCUGAGAGUGGGCGGGGCCGACCUGCCGGGGGCGGAGUCCAGCCAGGUGCCUCUGAUUGGAUACCGACCGCUGCCCCCCGACGGAGCCGCUCCGGCCGCCGGCCGCCCCGACGCGCCGCAGGAGUCCUCCCCGAUGAAGACCACCUGGUACUGUCCUCUGGACCUGUCCACCGUGGUGGAGGAAGAGGAGGACGGACUGAUCUACUCCGUGGUGCUCAAACAGCAGCAUGCCAUGCCCAACAGUCCCAGGACCCAGACCCAGACCCAGAACCAGACCCAGAACCAGACCCAGAACCAGACCCAGAACCAGCCCAGGGUGAAGCCGGCUGUCUCUCGCUCGCAGUGUGUUAAAGCAGGGACGGAGGAGAAGCUGGUUCUCCACCUCCUCCACUCCUUCUCCAUGGGAGACUCGUCCUUCGUCAGCGUCUUCCUGUCCACCUACCGCUCCUUCACGUCCACGGAGACGGUGCUGGACGUCCUGACAGACCGACUGCAGAACCCCCCCGGACUCAGCGAGACCAGCCAGCUGAGACAAUCCUUCAACAAGGCGGUCUGCUCCGUCUUCAGCACCUGGCUCUCUGAGUUCCCUGAAGACUUCCUGGGUCUCCGGGAUCCGUCCCGCCUGCUGCGCCUGGCCCCCCUGCUGCCCCCGGGGGACCUGCGGUCCCGCCUCCUCCGGACGGCCGAGGAGCUGAGCGAGCGAGCCCUGCUGCCCGGCGGCCCACCAGGUCCGAGCGGCGCCGGGAGCCCCCCCCCGGACCCCCCCCCGGACCCCCGGUUUGAACCCACCGCCAUCUUGGGAUUCCCUGCAGCCGUGAUCGCAGAACAGCUCACCAAGAUAGAAACGGAGCUGUUCGUCCGUCUCGUCCCCUCCCACUGUCUGGGCUCUGCGUGGUCUCAGAGGGACAGGAAGGGACAGGAGGACGCCUGCCGCUCCGUCCGGGACACCGUGUCUCAGUUCAACCGCCUGGCCAACGCCGUCCUGGCGUCCUGCCUCCGCCCCACACAGCUCCGCCCCCCGCAGAGAGCCCGGCUGCUGGAGAGGUGGAUCGGCGUGGCCGAGGAGUGCCGGGCCAGGAAGAACUUCUCCUCGCUGUACGCCGUGGUGUCGGCCCUGCAGAGUAAUCCGAUCCACCGGCUGAGGAGGACGUGGCAGGAGACGGACAGAGAAGCUCUGAGGAGAUACGAAGAACUGUCUGAAAUCUUCUCAGACAAGGACAACUACUCCCAGAGCCGGGAGCUCCUGAAAGAGGAGGGAACAUCGAAGUUUGCCAAUCUGGACAACAGACUGAACAACAGACACACUAGCAGGUCCAGUGCGCAGGGAACCGUUCCGUACCUGGGCCUCUUCCUCACAGACCUCACCAUGCUGGACACGGCCGUGAAGGACCGGCUGGACAACGGCUACAUCAACUUCGACAAGAGGAGGCGGGAGUUUGAGGUUUUAGCUCAGAUCCGCCUCCUGCAGUCGUCCUGUAAGAACUGUGUCUUCUACACCGACGAGGCCUUCAUGCGGUGGUACCACAGCAUCCCCACGCUGAGCGAGGAGGACAGCUACAGACUGUCCAAUGAGAUCGAAGCGCCUGGAGAGCCCAGUCCUCGCGGCCCGACGCCCACCGUCGUCAUCACCCAGUGUCCAGAUCUGAGCAGCUCCCGGGUCAGCCUCGGCCUUCACAGUGAAGGUCUUUCCGACUUCCAGUCCCCCGUCAACAACCUGCUGUCCAAACUCACCAAGCACAUGAGGUCUCCGUCCGUCUCCUGUCUGGACGUGGACACGUCGCCGUCCAGCGCCGACUCCCCCCCCGCCUCGCUGACCCCCUCCACUCCCGCCAAAUCCCACCGCCGCUCCGCCUCCUGUGGGAACAACCCCCCGGGCAGCGGUCCGGGUUCCGGGCCCGACAUGCGCAUCGUCAGGAUCCGGAUGGGCCUGCAGGACGGGAACCUGUACCGCAGCAUCCUGGUCACCAGCAACGACAAGACCCCCACGGUGAUCGGCGCCGCCCUGGCGAAGCACAGCCAGGACCCGAAACAGGCGUCCAGA